CGGAAGGUGGAGGUGCCUAGAAUAAAAAGGAACAUCUGAAGAUUAACCAUCACACUUAAGGUUCGGUUAUCGCAGUGAACGGUUGUGUACGGUAGUUGUAGUGAUGAAGGGAAUCAGCAUGUUUCUGUUGGUGUUGGUGCCGCUGGCUAGUGCGGCGGUGGCCGAUGUCCGCCCAGAAGACAACGAAGUGUACGGCAGGAGCGACCCCAGCUCUGGAGGCACCACUUGGAGGCUGGUGUCCAAGGUCAUGUCAGAGUGCGGCUCCGAGGAUGUCACGGAGGUCAUGAACUGUCUGGGUGUCAAGGCGGUGGCCGUCCUCGACCGUGCAGCGAGGAUGGGUAACAUCGAACUGUACUCCGGAGUGACCCUCGCUAAGAACUCCGAGUACCAGGAAGACUCCAGGAACGGACGAGCUCUUCUCAGUGAGGCUGAGAUCACUCAGAGCCUCCCUCAGGACCCCAGCCAGAGGACAUCCCGUCUCUUGGACCUCCUGUAUGACGCCACUGUCAGGUUCCUCCAGUCUCACACUUUCCAGAUGAAACUGCCCCAGGGAGCCCCUGAGUCCAUAUCCCGCGCUCUGGAAGAAGGCCGUGGCAAGCUGAAGAAGAAGAUCUUCCCCCUGGUAGCUCUGGUGGGUCUGAAGCUGUUCGCCGUCAUCCCCAUCAUCCUGGGAGUCAUCGGUCUGGUCGCCGCCAAGGCUCUGAUCGUCGGCAAGCUGGCUCUCAUCAUCGCCGGUGUCAUCGCACUCCAGAAGUUCAUCGCUGGUGGUGGCUCCACCGCUUUUACAAGCUACGGAAAGAUACCGUUCUCUGGCGGUUAUGAUGCCAGCAGCGGCUCUGGUGGUUGGUCUUCUGGUAGCACCGGUGGUUCUGGAGGCUACACCUACAGACGCAGUCUGGACGACGAAGCCCAAAAGCUUGCUUACAGCGCGCACGCCCCCCAGGAUAUCUCCAACUAGUCCAACACCAUCGACCAUCCUAAAACUUGCACAUUGUCACUCCCUACAGCCGAGCCAACCUCUCAGUUACCUCUGCCUUAGAUACUUCUACUCAUCCGUUCACUCUUACUACCUUUUGUAUAUAGCAUCUUUACCAUUGCAAUACCAUAAUCUAUUUUCAUACUCUGAGACAACACAAUUGCAAAACUAUCGAUAAUUGUGUAAAUUAUUGUAAAACUCAAAGAGUUGUUGUUAGUACUUAGUGUUAAUUUAUUAUUUCCCAGUGUUAUUUAUUGAUUUUUCUAUUUAAAUAAAUGUUGUUGAACGAA